GCCUGGGGCGGGGCUUGAACGCGGGCACCUGAAGGAGACUUGGGGACAGCCCGGCCGCGCCGCCCGGGUCGUCGGGACACGUCUCUCCCGCCGCCACGCUCCAACGCUUUAUGAGGAAGAUGCUCGCCGCUGUCUUCCGCGUGUUGGCCGGCGCCUCCCCGAAGCCCGCAAGCAGAGUGCUGGUGGCAUCCCGAAAUUUUGCUAAUGAUGCUACGUUUGAAAUUAAGAAAUGUGACCUUCACCGACUGGAGGAAGGUCCUCCUGAAACAACAGUGCUCACCAGGGAGGAAGGGCUCAAGUACUACAGGAUGAUGCAGACUGUGCGCAGGAUGGAGUUAAAGGCAGAUCAGCUGUACAAGCAGAAGAUUAUCCGUGGCUUCUGUCACUUGUACGAUGGGCAGGAAGCUUGUUGCGUGGGCUUGGAGGCUGGCAUAAACCCCACAGACCAUCUCAUCACGGCCUAUCGGGCUCACGGCUUUACCUUAACUCGUGGUCUUACUGUCAGAGAAAUUCUUGCCGAGCUUACAGGUCGAAGAGGAGGCUGUGCUAAAGGAAAAGGGGGCUCCAUGCACAUGUACGCUAAGAACUUCUACGGGGGCAAUGGCAUCGUUGGAGCCCAGGUGCCCCUGGGAGCUGGGAUUGCACUGGCCUGUAAGUAUAAUGGAAAAGAUGAGAUCUGUUUGACUUUAUAUGGCGAUGGUGCUGCUAAUCAGGGUCAGAUUUUUGAAGCUUACAAUAUGGCAGCUUUGUGGAAAUUGCCUUGUAUUUUCAUCUGUGAAAAUAACCGCUAUGGAAUGGGAACAUCUGUCGAGAGAGCAGCGGCCAGCACAGAUUACUACAAGAGAGGCGACUUCAUCCCAGGACUGAGGGUAGACGGAAUGGAUGUCUUAUGUGUCCGGGAGGCGACGAAGUUUGCAGCUGCUCAUUGUAGAUCUGGAAAGGGGCCCAUACUUAUGGAGCUACAGACGUACCGUUACCACGGACACAGCAUGAGUGAUCCUGGAGUCAGUUAUCGGACACGAGAAGAAAUCCAGGAAGUAAGAAGCAAGAGUGAUCCUAUCAUGCUUCUCAAGGAUAGAAUGGUGAACAACAAUCUUGCCAGUGUUGAAGAGUUAAAGGAAAUUGAUGUUGAAGUGAGGAAAGAAAUUGAGGAUGCUGCCCAGUUUGCCACUGCUGAUCCAGAACCGCCUCUGGAAGAGCUGGGCUAUCACAUCUAUAGCAGUGAGCCACCUUUUGAAGUUCGUGGUGCAAAUCAAUGGAUCAAGUAUAAGUCUAUUAGUUAAGAUGUUUACACUUUCAGUGGGUUAUUUGCGUUCCUAUUUUUCCACUUAGAUCUAAAAAUAGGUAAUAGUUUCAAUGAACGUUCCUCAAGUGGUCUUUUUAGAGGUUCUACUUAUAAUGAUUUACUUAUAAUGAUUGUAAUCCAAUGUAUGUAUGUAUAUUCUUAAAACAAUUCCUUGUAAGCCCACCCCUUGUAAUGGCAUGAGUACUGAAGUGUAUUUCUUUAACAGAACGAUUUAUUAUAAUGAAGGGUAAAGGACAAUUACAUUUUAAAUAACACUCCUUCAAACUCAUUUCAAAUAGGCAAAUGGCUUAUACAUUCAAAUUACAUAAGGCAUAGUCCUAAAACAUGUUAAUGCAAUAAAACCAUCUAUGAGAAUAGUGCUUGAAAAACUAUCGAAGCUGAUAACUAAGCUGAAUAGUUUACUUCUUUCAAAGAUCCUUGAACAUCUCGUCUGUACUGGGAAAUUGCAGUCCACAGUUUGUAGACGGCGGUGCCACUGCAAAAUAAAGACAAAAUCCUUUGAGGAGCUCAUCUGGCUAAAAUUACAGUAUAUAUAAUUCUAGGUUUAUAUUCCCUAGCACACUAAAAAGAAAAAAAAUUGUCUCCCUGUAGAGAGGUGACAUUUGUACCGUGAGGGCUGUGCUGGGUGAUCUGUACAGGCAAUUAGCUAAGGAUGAUGUGAUAAGUUUCAUUAGAAGGAAGGUUAUGAGGUAGCAUGGCAUAGCAUGCCUUUUCUCCACUCCUUUCAACCAGAUAGGGAUGGUUCUUGUCUCACCAUCCGUUUUUCUCUGACUAUACCUUAGCUUCUUCCCGUCCUGUGUUUUUUUCUACCUUUAACAUGAAAACUUGAGUCUGGAAUAGAGUUUUGCUUUCAAAGUCAUAGGAAAGGGAAUGAAUUUCAGUAAUGGGAGAAAUUGUAGCAGUACUUUGUCACUUAAGUCAUUUUUCUGUUACACAAGUGUUUUAUCCUUACCGUAGUUUGAUGUAUCUUAAAUCUUCUUUAGUGAUAUUAUUUAGGAGAUCAAAAAGUGUAAGACCCUCUUCCACAAUCUGAAACAAAAAUCAAGUACUUUAGCAGUUGUGUUGGAAGAGUAGUAUGCAAAUGAAUUUUGGGGGUUGUGAAUUUACCGUUUCAAUUGUAUCUGCAUCCAGUUCUUGCAUAUGUAACCACUCUACAAGUUCUUCUACUCUCUGCUCAUUGGACCCAUGAGAGAAUACUGGAUUCUCUGUAAUAACAAUAAUGAUAAUAAUAAUGUUUUUGUUUUAAUGUGUAGCUUUUCAAAAACAAAACCAAAUUGGAUGAAAUAAAAUAUUCCUGUGUGACAUGAA